AUGCCUCUUGAAAGCGCCCGUACAAGCCUUUCAUUCAGACAAGGGAAUGACAAACAAUUAUCGUUAGAGCAGCUUCCAGUUCUUAUCUUGGAGACGAUUUUCAACCUUCUCCAGACACCCGACCUACUUGUGGUUUGCUCAAUUUCCAAAGACUUCUAUUUUGCAGCUUUGAACUGCGUAUAUCGGAGUAUAUGCAUCACUGAUGACUCCUUGACAGUGCAAUAUUAUAAGAAGCACACGCGGCGGUCGAACGGGUACUAUUGCACGAUCAUGCCGUCAAGAAAAAUAGAGGCCUUGCUUGAGGUAGUAUCAAAUAAUCGCACGAUUGCCGCUAUGAUUCACCGGGUCAAAAUCAUUCAUACGGAACAAGUAUCCCUGAUCCCACGGCUUUUGUCUUAUCUACGCUUAAAGUCCUUUGUAUACGCGGGUCCUUUGAAGAUUCCGCCAGAAUCGACCCACGAUCUACAUACAUUACAGUUAUGUCUACUGUCUGUCUAUCCAUGUGCCCGAAACCUCCGUGAGCUAAAAGUCAAUCACUUCAACCAAGACUCCGACUUUGAACAGUAUGGACGGCUUGCACUAAGCUUGAUCGAACUGGAUAGUUAUCGCAAUAUAAGGAAAUUGGCCUUCGAGCAUCUCGAGGACCGAAGCCUCAAUCUGCUCAAUACCUUCAACAUUGAGCGACAUACUGCGAUCCCACGGCCGUCAUGGGUUGGGUUCUUCGAGGCGUUUUCAAAAAGAGGUAUCAUCUUGAAUUUAGCAGCUUUGAGUCUCGACGGAAAUGUGGGAAAUUUGGGAGAGCUUGCAGCUCAAAUAAUAGGACUCGCAGUGCAACUCAGUGAAUUACAAACUCUCGAGGCAAGACAAACCGAGCAUUCCCACCCUGGACAGGCGCAUAGCGUGGGUAUGAUGACCUUCUUGGAUUCCAUAACAAAAUUUACUCCCCUGCUCCAGUACCUUUCCAUGCGUCAUACGGACAACUGCCUCACUUGCCAAAUCAAAACUAUUACUCACAUUUUACGAGACAAUAUACCGCAUCAACUCAAGCAGCUCGUGAUCAAGUUUGAGCCACGCACAAUCGCAGAUUCAGAUAGGAUAGAACGCUUAAUUUUAUCAUAUCAAAGAAAUCUUCAAAAGAUCGACUACGAGGACAGGUCCAGCUCAAUAUCCGACUUGACAAACUUAGCGAAGGCUCUUGACACGCAACAACAGAAAAAAUGGUUAGAUGACUGGUACUAUGGAGAGAAAACCAGAGAAAUAUUCACGCCGCACAUUUUGAGUAUCGAAGGGCCGCGGCCAUAUAUUAAUGACGAGAAGAAGGAAAUGAUUAAAAUCUGUGGGAAGCAAAUUUUGAGUUUUUUGAAUUCUAAUACUUUGUACAAGGGUGCCCUGAAGCAUUUACCUUUUUUAACGGAGUAUUGCGUGUUUGGUCUCCAUGUUAACGUCAAAUCGUGUGGUGUUUUUGCCAACGGUGAGACCAUAUUGUUGGAGUAA